AUGGACAACGAUAAGUCUGUAGAAAACAAUCAGCGUCUUAGUGCGUAUGUAGACUUUAUGACUAGCAGGACCGAGUUAAACAGUAUCGAAGAAGAUAGUGAUAGAAACAUCCACGGUAAAUCGUCAGAUGAUGUCGACAAAUUUGAAAUAUUCAACAGUGCUUUUAGAAAACUCGAAAAUGACGCGAAUAAUAAGGCGCUUUACAAAAGCAUUAAGGUGGAAAUAAAAGAGCUGUCGUCUAUAAAAUUUCAACUAUUGACUAAAGGCAGACAGAGGACUCAUGACAAAAAUCUUAAACAGGAAAUUUACUGGGCCACAACGGAGAAACGCGCCGACGAAGAAAUGUCCGCAAGCAGCAAAGUAGAAAAGCUAUCGUUUAAGGACGUAUGGGAAGACCUGCUACCUUUGAAAUCUACCAAACAAUUCUGUAAGUAUUUGACAGACAGCCCAAAUUUGGAAAAACCGAAAUAUCUCGUGGACGCCGGGUUUUUCAACAACAUUCAGAAUACGAGAAAAAAGAAAAUUAAACCUGCACCUUUACACGACAAACAUACAAGGAUUGUGUUCAAUCGAGCAGGCGAGUUUUCAAAGGAAGAGUUAUUUGUAUUUGUGCGACCUAGUUAUCAAAGGAGUAAAGUUGGGAACAUAAUCCAGAGGCUCUCAACCCCUAAAGUGCCAGGUCCACAUGCAGGUCUGCUCAUCGAAGCACUGUAA